AUGCCUAAUUUGCAACAGGAACCGCAAAAUAGACGAGCUCGACUUCACACAAUUCGGGAGGAACAAAACUGGCUCCACACGAUGCAGCGAACAUAUCUCGGCCUAGCUAUGACCCGAUACGCCCAAGAACUCAUCCUCGAGCGUCGCAAUCGCAACUAUCGUCGUGAAGUCCACGAAAGCCAAGCUACCCGCUUAAACUUCACCCUGACUCCUCGCUCCCUAGUGCUAACGAUGACCGAACCACAUCUCCAGAAAGUUCUUGCGCAAAUCCUCGUACUUGUUUUUGGAUGUGUAUUAGGCAUUUGUGUUCAAAUGACCUGCGUCUACUUUAUGGUCUCUGGGGAAAGAGUGAAAGCGACAGUAUUUUUGUUCCUGGGCAGAGUUUAUCUGCUAUGGGUUUGCAAUUUGUUGAGGACGUGGCAUGUGGAAAUGGGAGAUCUGAGAUUCAGGCUGAAAAUGACGGGCUACAUGAGUGCGGUAGGAUUGGUUCUCUGGAUUUUGGCAACGUGGCAGAGUGUGAAGAUAUUUUAA